UGCAGACCUAACCACCUGACCCCCUUCGCCUUCACACCACUUCUUUCCCAUUGUCGACAUUUAUCUGUCGACUCUAAUCUUACAACUCCCCGAGAUAACGUCUUGCAUGUUGGCUAAACGCUUCCCAAAUAAUACCCUGUACAACAACAACCCGACACCAUGUUCAGCAUUUUUUCGCAGCAAGCCAUCCCCUUCAAGCGGCGCAUGCGGUCUCGAUGGCCGCCAAAGCCCUUCGUGGAAGACGAGCUCCAGUCUCUCUCCCGCGAACUACACGGUCUUUCCAGAUUGGGAGAAACCCCCGGACUCGAAGCUGUUUGUGCCCGAGGAACCCUUGAACAGUACCCCGUGAUCAUAGACGUGCCUCCCCCUCCGCCAUCUACUGCCAUCCUUACUCCAUCGUCCAUGGAAGAUCUCAGCCGUGGAAAUAGCUCGGAUGAAAGUGUAGGACCGCCCACCCCCUUGGAUGUCAGAAAGGAGCCUCUGUUUUAUUCUGUCGAUAGCGCCCCAUCCAAGUCUCCCCCAUGGCCAGUUUUGCCCACCAAGAUCAAGUCCCAGGAUAAAACACCAUCUCGAGGAAGGCUACCCGGCCAAAAAUCCCAUCCACAGCCGGUUCAGAGCACCAGGAGCGCGAGUCAUAGCCAGCGAAGACCCAGUUCGCGACUCCCGACUUCCAUUGUCCAGAACGGCAACACCAAAAAGAGUAACACCCCGGCUAUCUCAAGAUCAUCUUCUCAAAGUCCCCGGAAUACACCUGUGCCUUCCUCAGCUACGCGACCUGCUGAAGGAACCCCGAUCAAAGUUCCCUUGUUAUCUGCACCACCAAAACCAACUCGACCUAAAGCUGUGAGGAUUGGAAGCUCGGAGGGGCGUUCAAAAGCUGACCAAAACCCAACCCGAUCUCCUACACUUACAUCAACAUCGGGAUCGGGUCAUCUAUCAGAUUCGACUACCUCCAACACCACAGUCAAUCGCAAACGGCCGGGCCAGUCAAGUCUCUCUCGUGUGAACGAGAAAGCUUCUGAUGCACCUACAUCAUUGGCUCAAAGGUUAGAAGAAAAACUGAAACGUCGACAAAAGUUGCGGGAGUCGGGAGUAUCCUCCGAUUUAGAUAAGCCACGCUCAGACUCUAUUGUACUACGCAAGACGAAGCCUGCUGUCAAGCUAACCUUGGAUACUUCUACUCUGAGCCAAGGAUCUCGUUCAAGGCCUCCCUCGACGUCGUCAAGAAGACAGACACCUGCUGCUGGUUAUGUAGAGGAGCAUGACCCCUUCGCGGCGUCAUUUGCUGCAGUCUCGACACUCGUGGACACUUUACAGGAUCAGUCAUAUGCCAAUGAAUCGCCACCAAAACCUGUGCCUUCCGAUGAGGAGAAGCAGACGCGGAGUCGACCCUCGACAAGACUUGUUGUACCGUCCGACGAGGAGAAAAAAGCGCGGAGCCGAUCUUCGACAAGAUUGAUUGUGCCAUCUGACGAUGAGAAACGGCGAAGUCGAUCCUCAGUAAUGUUGGCUGCGCCGUCUGACGAUGAAAAAAGGCGAAGCCGAUCUACAAUAAGACAUAUUAUACCAUGCGAUGAUGAGAAAAGACGAAGUCAAUCUACAAUAAGACAUAUUAUACCAUCCGACGAGGAGAAAAGACGAAGCCCAUCACUAGUAGGGAAAUCUGCGACACCCAGCGAGGAGAAACACGCACGAAGCCAUUCCACGGUAAAUCGGGCUGUGUCAUCCACACGAGUGAGGCGAACGCGAAGUCGGUCCAGGGCAAGACGAUCUGUGACAUUCCUUGACGAUACAGCACAGCAAUCCACAUCUUCUCAACAAGAUGAGUGCGACCAGCCCAAGCAGAUGCUGCAGCUAAGACUGUCCCAGCGUAGCAUUUCUUCGAGGGACGCUUCCCGUCAAUCUUCGCGCCAAUCUUCGCCUGUUUCCCGCCAAUCUUCGCCCGUGUCCCGUCAGUCCUCUCCUAUUUCCCGCCAACCCUCCCCUACGCCUCCGGGUCUAUGCCUUUUGCCUUGUCCCAGAUCCAUUCCGGUGGCUGGCCAUCAAGACUGGUACACGAUCAAAGGGCUGACUCACCUUGACAUCUGUCCCUCGUGCACGAGUCAGUUGGACAAGUCGGAAUUUCGCGACUCUUUCAUUCCUAGUGGCCCCAAGCCCCGUGGGCAGAUGGUCCGCUGCUCGUUUAGUGAGCCGUGGACGCGGUUGGCAUGGGUUCAGACAAUUAAGAAACACCAUGAAAACCUCGACAUGCUCUAUCAUAUGACUCGACCAUCUACAGAGCGCAAGCAAUGUCCUGGGCGUACCAUCAGCGAUCAGCACUGGUACCGUGUCAUCGAUCCCUCCACGGGAAUGUUCUUGCCCAAGUUUAAUGUGUGUUCUGCGUGCAUUCGCAACCUCCGGGUCUUGAUGCCGUCUCACCGGGAUUCUUUCAAGCGGAGCACUGAAAUGCAGGAACGGGUCUGCGACUUUGUGUCGGAUAGUCCCCGAUUCAUUCAAUACAUCGAUUAUCUCGACAUGGCGGCCAACCGCGCGGUAUCCGAAGGUGCCUCACAACCGGAUCUAGACGACUUCCUGACAUAUGCCCGACGCAAGGUGGUUCUCCGAGACUGCCGCCGGGACCGGGUCGUUCUAAGCACUUGGCAUUACAUGCGGCAGCUGCCUGAGCUAACUGUGUGCGAGGACUGUUAUGAUGAUGUGGUGUGGCCACUCGUCAAGGCGAAGCAGCCUAUUGCGCGGAAGUUCUCGACGUCGAUGCGUCUACUUCCCGGGGAGGAUCCGACUCAGUGCGGUGAGGCCAGCUGCCAGCUCUACUCGCCUCGCACACGGGCCAAGUUCCGGGAAGCGGUGCAAAAGAACGACCUGACGUAUCUGAAGCUGAUUGGACUGCGACGAUAUGAAGCCGAGCAACGCUUCCGGGACCGAAGACAACAGCUGGUGGAAGAGCAGCGACUGGGAUAUGACUGUGAUGCGGAGUUUCGGGAAAACAUGGAGGAGUGGAAGAAAUGGGAAUGAACGAUAUUGUUUCUAUUAUCCUGUAAACAUGUCGGCUGGACCGAAUUGUGCUAUAAUAUA